GUACCUAAUUCCCUGAAGUCUCAUUUACGGAGUCUCACGCCGUUUGCUGCCCAGAAAGUUGUGUUAGAUUUACAAAGGCGUUCCUUCUUCUUCCAUUCAAUAUCUUCUACCUCAGUUGUUUACGCAGAAGGUGGUCACAUAUUCUUCGUGAACAGGAACGAGGCGGACUGCACAUGUUGGACAUACUGCGCAUACAAUUUGCCUUGUGCACAUGUCGUCGAGGCGUUCUUGAACUCAUAUCUAAAUUGUG